AUCCCAGAGCAGAAUACCUGGUAGGUCAGGCGGGAAACCUGGGAGAGCAGUACAUCUACUUUUCGCGGCUGAACUCUUGACGACUCGACUUUUCGACUAUUCGACUAAUCCCUACAUUACCUACUCGUUUUUUUACAAGUGAAAUGCCCCCGAAGAAGAAACAAAAAAAAGACAAUGGUUUCAUGGUAUUCAUGAAAUCUAUGAAACCACAAUUAGAAGCCAAAGGACAUAAGUUUCCUAGAGGCUUGACUGACGUUAUUCCGGUGUGCUCUCCGUUAUGGAAUAAAUUGUCACCUGAAGAAAAGGCAAGCUACCAUCAAAAAGCUAAAGAUGGUGGUGGUACUACUUUUAUCAAAGAAGAGAGAUGUGAUACUCGGGGAGUUCCAUUAAAUUGGAAGGAAAGGGAAGAGCAAAAGAAAAUAUUGGAAAAAGAUCAUCUUCUGCAGAAAGUAGAAGAUAUGAUUUCAUACUUUGCUACUCAAGGAACUCUCGAGAAUCACUACUUUUAUCUGGCACAUUUCAACAUUGCUGUCGCUACCAGUGAGGGAGAGUACCCUCCAUGUGAAAUCGCUAUAGUGAAGUUUUCGCUUCUGGAUGGGAUAGCUAAGUGUUACCAUGACUUUGUAGAACCUGGUCAAAUCCGACUGGGGUAUGCCCACGAAGCCAAGCUACACUCUGAAAACACACACAAUAUCCCAACAUUUGGAUUCAAACUAGCCAAUUCAGAUUAUGUUAACAUUACGAAUAACAUCAAGGAAAUGCUCAAACAACCAGAUGGCGGGAUUGCUCCUUUAUUCGUGGUCGACGAAGACAACGCGAAAGCGAUUUAUAUAGUGGACUGGUUAGUCAAAAAGAGUUGCCAACUGGACGAUUCGUACGAGACGUGCAGUCCGUUCAAGAUCUACAGUUUGAACAAACUUUUUUACGAGUUGCGUCGCCAGGCCGACGUGAACAAUUCGACGUUGAGAUUUUCCAGCAUUGCGCUAGUGGCCGAACACUUUGGCAAAGGAAUGUUUUUCUACAGCAAAAAUAUGGCCUGCCAGUGGCAUGUGGAAGAAGACAAUGUAACGUUUUGUUCGCUAACGCGGGUGCGCAACUACGCCUACACGAUUUCCGACUUGUGCUGCGAGUACUAUGACUUGUCUCUGCUGCCUAAUCGCCACUGCCCUUCUGAAAUUGCUGAUGACAACAAAUAUGUCGUAAUACCCAAAGUGACUGAAAUGGAAGAACCUAAGGCACCGGUUGAAGUGAAGAAGAAGAAGGAGGAGGAGGAAGAUGACAGAGAACCAUCCGGGCCACCACGGUUGCCCAAUACUCCUGCCACUGCCAAUUUCAAGGGUCCUGGAACAGGGCGUGGCGUUUUGGGCGGAUCGAUGGGCCCUGUUUCGUCCGCCACUCAAUCGCCAGGUCGAUCGCGAGCAAUUGAAACGGCACCCCCAGCUGGACGAGGUCGCGGCCGCGGACUUCUUUUACUUGAUGAUGACUCGGAUUGAUUCUCCCUUUCCCUUUACCAAGUUUACAUGGUAAAUCUUAUUCGCACGCGGUAUAUAUAGCCCAACUUGAACGCGUAUUGAUCCGCAGUGUCUCGAUUCACCAAUUCUUUGCCCACACACAGUUGCGGCGACGCGUAAUUAGACGGCGUCGUGGAAACAACGUCAUCUGGCGUUUGAAUGCUUUUACAUCAACAAGGCGACGACCGGGAAACUUUUGCCGCAAAAGCAGCCAGCGUCGUCAAUAUUUUUAAAAAAGACUCAAAAACUCCCUCCUAAAACGCCCAGAGCAAGAGAGAGAGAGACGCAAACUGUUGCGGAUCGAUUCUUUUCAUCCUUCUUAUCCGGCCCUUCACUAGUCAUUUAACAUCUGAAUAGCAGAGCUAAAACGUUCCAUCUAGAUUCCAGCCAACCUCCUCCUUUCUCCAAAUUUUGUUUGCCCUUCAAGAUAAAUGUGGUAAAUAUAGCGGAAAGUAUUUUUUAACUCGAA